GGUGCGCGGCCCAGUGGGUUACGCUGUCACCGCUCCGGGGGUGGUGACCCGGGCCUUGGCGCCGCGCGGCUCGGGGUUCCUGAGGAGCUGCAGUUGCUACGCGGUCCCAGAAGCCGGACCCCUCGGGGCAGGCCGGGUCCCCCACCCUCCGGCCCGGCCCGGGGCGAGGUGUCGUCGGAAAGAGCUGAGUGUCACGCUGUCUCGCGGCACUUUCCGUCUCUGCCGGAGCAAAUACCUGAACCAUCCAGCUGAACUCACAGUUAGAGGUGGACCAUGAAGCCAAGUGACUGUAUGGCCAGCAGCGGUGAAAUUUGUUCUGCAGCUUCCAGAGAUGGGGGGUAGUCUACUCGCACAGAGGCACCAGCCUUGGUCCUGGGAAUCUUCCGCACCACUGUUGGAUUGACCCCAGCAUUGGCCCACUGGGGCAUCACUCCUGGACACUCCUGAGCAUCUGCUGAGUGCCAGGCCUGGACCCUGAGGAGCAGUUACAGUGGGAAAGCCCUGGAAACAUCAGAGCGGCCCUGGUGUGCCACACUGGCAGAGUGCUUUCUAUAAACAGUCCUAGUUAAUCCUCACAACAAAAACAUCAGAUGGAUCAUACCCUUCUCUGCUUCCCAUUGGGCUUAGAGUAAAACCCGGACUCCUCCUCUGCAUGCCCAGUCCCUGAGCACAGUCUCCCUGCUCUUGGCUGCCCUGCCAGCUGCAUUGUUCUCUCCCUGGAGCUCCUUCCUGCCUUCUGGCCUUGACAGAAGCCUUUUUAGCUAUCCCCAGAACCCUUUCCAUGGCUUUUUUCCUGGCUGCCUCCUUAUCUCUGUGGCUCAUAUGUCAUUUCUCAGGAGGUAUCCAAACUGCAGACCCUUUGUAAAGUUGCCAUUGCCACGCAGAUACUCUGUGGGGAGCCCCCACAGUCAGAAACUGACACUACUCUAGCUCCCAGUCUCACAGGGUGUCAAGUGGAACUUUUCUUACUUUCCUGGAACUGCCAGUGAGGCCCAAAGCUAAGGACAAAGGCAGUGCUUCUACCAUUCCAAGCUCAGGAAGCUGCAGACAGCUGGGGCUGGCCGGAGCUGCUACCUGGAGACCCAGCCCUGGGAGACCCCUGCUGUGAACUUGAGGAGGGGUGUUUCAGAUGAAUCUUCUAGAAGCAAGAGAACCUGGAGUGAUGUAGUCAUUUGCCAAAUCUCACUGAAGCUUAUCCCUUUGACAUCUUCAGACACUUGUGCUGUCCCAGGCAGACAGGAAUGAACCCAGGGGCGCUUAACCACUGAGCCACAUCCCAAGCCCUUUUUUUUUUUUAAGUUUAAGGGUGUGGGAUGGCAGACAGGUUAGCAAGCAAACUCUAUAGAGGGGUCUGGAGGAUCUAGCUACUCUUUACGCCCAUCCUGGCAGCCUGGGGCCCUUCUCCCUGGCAUACCAACACCAUGGAUUCCCCAGGGUACAACUGCUUUGUGGACAGAGACAAAAUGGAUGCUGCAAUCCAGGACCUGGGGCCAAAGGAACUAAGCUGCACUGAGCUGCAGGAGCUAAAGCAGCUGGCACGCCAGGGAUACUGGGCUCAGAGCCACGCCCUGAGGGGAAAGGUGUACCAGCGUCUGAUCCGGGACAUCCCCUGCCGCACAGUCACACCUGACGCCAGUGUGUACAGUGACAUUGUGGGCAAAAUUGUGGGCAAGCACAGCAGCAGUAGCCUGCCCCUGCCAGAGUUUGUGGACAACACCCAGGUGCCCAACUAUUGCCUGAAUGCUCGGGGCGAGGGUGCCGUGCGCAAAAUCCUCCUGUGCAUUGCCAACCAGUUCCCUGACAUCUCCUUCUGCCCUGCCCUGCCAGCUGUAGUGGCCCUGCUACUUCACUACAGCAUUGAUGAGGCUGAAUGCUUCGAGAAAGCCUGCCGCAUCCUGGCUUGCAAUGACCCCAGCAAGAAGCUAAUUGACCAGAGUUUCCUGGCCUUUGAGUCAUCCUGUAUGACAUUUGGGGACCUGGUAAACAAGUACUGCCAGGCGGCCCACAAGCUGAUGGUGGCUGUGUCAGAGGAUGUCCUGCAGGUCUACUCUGACUGGCAGCGCUGGCUGUUUGGAGAGCUGCCCCUCAACUACUUUGCCCGUGUCUUUGAUGUCUUCCUGGUGGAAGGCUACAAGGUGUUAUACCGCGUCGCUCUGGCCAUCCUCAAGUUCUUUCACAAGGUGAGAGCUGGUCAGCCUUUUGAGUCAGACAAUGUAAAGCAGGACAUCCGCAUGUUUGUCAAGGAUAUUGCUAAGACAGUGUCCCCUGAGAAGCUGCUAGAGAAAGCAUUUGCCAUCCGUCUCUUCUCCCGCAAGGAGAUCCAACUCCUGCAGAUGGCCAAUGAGAAAGCACUGAAGCAGAAAGGUAUCACGGUCAAGCAGAAGAGUGUCUCACUUUCUAAAAGGCAGUUUGUGCACCUGGCCGUCCAUGCAGAGAACUUCCGCUCUGAGAUUGUCAGCGUGAAGGAGAUGAGAGAUAUCUGGUCUUGGGUCCCUGAACGGUUUGCCCUUUGCCAGCCCCUUCUACUUUUCUCCUCAUUGCAGCAUGGGUACAGUCUAAGCAGGUUCUAUUUCCACUGUGAGGGACACGAACCUACCCUCCUGCUCAUCAAGACCACACAGAAGGAGGUGUGUGGAGCUUAUCUAUCAACAGACUGGAGUGAGAGAAACAAGUAUGGAGGCAAACUGUCCUUCUUCGGAACUGGAGAGUGCUUUGUAUUUAGGCUGCAGCCAGAGGUGCAGCGUUACGAGUGGGUAGUCAUCAAGCACCCAGAGCUUAUCAAGCCGGUACCCUGCACAUCCUCCCACUCCAGCUGUUCAGACCCAGCUGACCGACUCUCACCAUUCCUGGCAGCUCGGCACUUCAACCUGCCCUCCAAGACUGAGUCCAUGUUCAUGGCUGGGGGCACUGACUGCCUCAUCAUCGAGCCUGAAGCUCUUGGUGGGCCUUUCCUUGCUGCAAGUCCACCUGAAGAGGUGGCCCCAGAAGGGACUUUCUUUGAUCAACCUCCCAAACAGCCAGUGCCAUUUCCAGAGGCCUGCCCAGAGAUGCCUGGACUUGCUGUGGCUUCUCAGCCCUCCUCUUUCCAUCUCCGUGGCCUCCUUGAGCCUCCCACAGUCUCUGCAGUCAUCCUGUUUUUCUCUUUUGUCACAAUGGCCGCCAGGCCAGGGUCAAACUCAGACCCCUCAGCAUGGAUGCUUGCCUCAGUCCUGCCCUGCCUACUUCUCUUUAUUGGGCCCUGCACUUCCCUAGGUCCUGCCCACAUAACACCUCCUGGACUUCUCUGCCUACUACAUCCGUUCUCUAUAUGCCUCUCCUGGCACUGUGGCUGGCCACAUGUCAUGGUUUUCUGUGUGCUGCCCCCUCCUCUUAGAUCCUUCAGGCCCCUGGGCACCUGCACUGCCUGAGCCCUGUGCUGGCCUUGUGCAUGGCAGGUGCCAAGGGAAUACCUCUCUCUGAGCACUACAGGGAGUAUACCUCCCUGUGCCCUCCAAUUCUGCCCUGUGAACUCCCUCAGCCAGUCCUGAGGGUCUGGACACCAGAGAGAAGAGGGGAGAAGCAGUGACCCAAGUGGAUGUUGGGCCAUUGAGACCUGGGAAAUAGGAUAGAUGCCUAGUCCCACCUAGCUGCAGCCAGCACCUCUCAUUGUCACUGUGCACUGCACUAAUGCCUCUUCCAACACCAUGCUUGCCCUUCCUGUGAGGGGUUCAUCCCCUUUUGCCUGUCUAGUCAUGUUGCCUCUGAGCUGGGUCAUGGUGUACAAGAGCAGUACAGGAACCUUAUGUGGCUUUGGGUAAGCUGAUAAACUACCUGGAGUUCAAGUUUCCCACCUUGAGAUGGGGCAGUUCUCCUGCCAUGCUGCCCUCUUGGACAGGGGAAUCAUAUGAAUCCCUCUUCAGGGGAGAGGUGCUAAGAGGUAGUGACAUUGCUACCCCAAAGUGCCACAGCCCUUACUGUCCCCCCUUUUUUUUGAGCCCCCCACUGUCCAGGCCUGUAACCUACGAUGUUGUUGUUCAUUAAAUACAGUUUUGUUUCAUUAA